CGCAGCCGGCCAGCCAGCUGAUGGGACAGGAUAGAGGGAGAACUUGCCGCUGCAAGUGAACGGGGCACUUUCUCACUGCUAGUUCAAGCGUCAGGGCUAACGGUGCUCCGAGACACAACUUCCAACCGCUCGCUCGCUGGCGUGGACUGGAGAAGUUUCCUGGAUUGCAUGGUUCCUGAUGGCUUCCUUUGGAAUAGUAGUCAGAUUUGUCAACCUUACGGAUCCUUUCCUGGGAUGGCGGAACUCAUCUGAUCAUAACCAUUCACACAACUACUACGCUCUGUUUUUCUCACCGCUGAUCUUUGCCAUAAUUUUUGGGAACGUACUGGUGUGCCUGGCAGUGCUGAGAGAAAAGUCUUUGCAAACGACGACCAACUAUCUCGUUGUCAGCUUGGCAGUAGCAGACCUGCUCGUAGCAAUCCUGGUGAUGCCUUGGGUUGUGUACCUUGAGGUAGUCGGGGAUUGGAGCUUCAGUCGAACAAGUUGCAACAUUUUUGUGACAUUGGAUGUCAUGAUGUGCACAGCAAGUAUUUUAAACCUUUGUGCUAUCAGUAUUGAUAGGUACACUGCUGUUGUGAUGCCAAUCCAAUAUAACACAAAUUACAGCUCCAGGAAACGGGUGACUGUAAUGAUUGCUGCUGUGUGGAUAAUGUCCUUUGCAGUGUCUUGUCCUCUCCUGUUUGGUUUCAAUACAACAGAUGACCCCAGCUUAUGUUCCAUAUCCAAUCCAGAUUUUGUUGUAUAUUCAUCCAUCGUGUCCUUCUACUUACCAUUUUUUAUUACACUGUUGGUUUAUGUACGUAUUUACAUUGUACUUAAAAAAAGAAGGAAACGCAUCACCUCAAGACAAAACAGCGUUAACAUGGCUCCAGAGCGUGGCAUGCAGACCCAGGAAAGGAUAGAAAAUUUUCCCAGAAGUGUACAUGCAUUCUCUUGUUUGAGAUUUAACAAGCAAAGGGGACUUUCUCCAAAUAACAAACUGUUGGCACCAGUUGAAGUAGUAAAUUAUUGCAGCAUGAGCCAUGCAACAUUUGCAAAAACAGACAAUGGGAUUGAAGAAUCAGAAAGAAAGAGCAUGUGUACAAUAAAACAUGCAUCUGAAGUGAAAAAACUGUCCAGUGGAAAAACUACAACUUCCCUGAGACCUGUAUUAAAACGCAAGAACCUGCAAGCGAGAGAAAGGAAAGCAACUCGGAUGUUGGUCAUUGUUCUUGGUAUAUUCCUGGUUUGCUGGCUGCCAUUUUUUAUCACACACAUAUUGAAGACCCACUGUAAACAAUGCCAUGUGUCGACAGAACUUUACAGUGCUACUACCUGGCUUGGAUAUGUCAAUAGCGCAGUAAAUCCCAUCAUAUACACCACCUUCAACACAGAGUUCAGGAGAGCAUUCCUCAGGAUUUUAGCUUGCUAAAUGAAGUCUUCUGGAUGUUAUCAUUAGGAUUUGAAUGCUUACUCCCCCUUUCUCCUAACCACUAAACUAAACUGUUGCUCUAAAGGAACUCUACACUCACUGUCUACUGAGAAUAGUUCCGUUAAAAUUUCAAGAUACUUUGCUCGUACAUAAAAUAACAUUGAAUGGGUUUGUUUCCAUAAGUUGUCCAUUAAUGUGCAGUUUUAAUGUUCUCACUGAAAACUACACCAAACUCUUUCAUUGAAACAGUGAGCAGUGAAAUUGCCCAAUUGAAAUCUUCAGAGCUGUUUUUCAUUGUUUUCAUGGUGGUGAGAAAGCCAGACUCAAACAUCAGAGUUCAGCGCACCAACCAGUGUAAAAAGAAUUCAAGCAAACCAGAAGGUGGAUGAUGUCAAACAGGUUUUCGGAAUAAGGGAAGAGUAUGGAUUAUUUAAUCAUUGAUAAACUCAGAGUUAGGCAUUCAAAGAUCAAGUCUGCAGUCAUGCAAUGUUCAUUCCAACACUAUCUGUGAGUGGAAGAUGAAAUAUCCAGAAAUCCGGGAUGGUGUAAAGUACAAAAAAAGGAUAGGUUAGGUAGAAUAUUAAAACAGAUAAAGGAAAUCAUGUUGCUCUGAUCCAGAUUUUAAUUUAGAGAACUGGGACCAUUUAAUCUCAGUUUCCAAGUCUGUUUUAGAAUGGCUGUGACAAAAAGAUCAUCUAGAGCAAGGAAAUGGUGAUUAUCAGAUCGCAAAUAGCCUCUAAAGAUGACUAGGGUACUUAUGUGAAUUUUAACUGAAGAUAUCACAUGAAUGCUCAGUGUAUACAUUCACACAUAGUUCAAACCCCCAAAGGAUACACCAAUUUGAGGUGCUAUUUCAAGAGAAGGGAAAGAAUUAUCAGAAAAUGUUUGCAUUUGAUAUGUAAGUCAAAUGGAUGUUCAGUUUUUAUUGUGCGCCAACAUGUAGCUGGGAGAUUUUACCCUCAAGGCUGGCGUGAGUAAUGACAGGAAUUGACUGACUUCCCUGAAAGAAUGCAGGAACAUGGCAAAGAAUGCAGAGGCCAAAAAUAAACAGUAUGGAUCUAGUUGUUAGGUCACUUGAGACAUCUAUUCAUUUCCCUUCUGCUCCAACGCCCCAGUGAUUAAAAAGUACUAACAAAGGAAAGUGACAGUGAGAUAUGAAAAUGAAGACCAUGAAGUCAAUUCAUAGGGGCACAGAGCUUGGCAGAAUAAAGCUGGUGCCCAUGAAGGACUUCAAGUCAGAAUGACUGCUGUGGUAUAAAUAUGUUGGAACACAUGAAGGGUGAAAGCAAAAAAAUUGGUGAGGAGAACUUUGCAGAAUUUUGUCUUAUGUGCUCGAUAUGCAAAUAACAUUGGGAAAUAUGAGCUUUAUUUCCAAAGUUGUUAAGUGUUUUUAUCUCUGUGAAGUACAGUCUAAUUUUUUUUAUAUACAUACUGAUGGUGUAAAGCAACCUUUGGAUUUGUAUUAGUCUGAA